AUGAGGAUCCUGUUCUGGAAUUGUCAGGGGUUGGGGAACCCCCUGACAAUUCAACAAUUGCAGGCUUUAUGCAAGCAACAUUCUCCAGACAUGAUAAUCCUUGUUGAAACUAAAAACCAGGUAAAUAAAAUCAUCUCCUUGAAGAAGCGACUUCGAUUCCAAUCUCAUUUUGCUAUAGACCCGAUAGGCCUUUCUGGUGGCAUGUCUAUUUUGUGGAAUCAUGAUCUUGAAUUGUCAAUCCAACAAUAUGAUAGUUUUUAUAUUGUUACAUCCUUAGUAGAUCAUACAAGCUUUAGUUUUGAUGUAGUUAGUUGCUACCUUAGUACAAAACAGUCUACUCGUGAUGGACAAUUACAGGCCUUGCAGCUUCUUAGAUCAAAACUUCAAGGAGACUUUAUUUUUGUAGGCGACUUCAAUGACAUCCUAUGUCAAUGUGAUAAACAAGGAGGUCUGCCUUAUGAUCCCAUACACCAUGUAAUCUUUCAUGAUUUUGUAAAUGCUAUGAAUAUGGUUGAUUUGGAAGAUAUUGGGUCUGAUCACUGCCCGUUAUUGCAUAACACUAACUCACAUCUACCCAAGCCAAAAGCUCAGUUCCAUUUUGAUAAACAAUGGGUUCAAAUACAAGCCAUUACAACAAUAGUAGAAUCCACUUGGUCACAAUCAAUAGAGGGUUCUCGGAUGUAUCAAAUUUUCCAGAAACUGAAAUUAUGCAGACACAAGAUAGUUGAAUGGAACAUGCAACAUCGGGUUAAUGCAAACAUUAAGAUAAAAACGCUAACUGCAGCAAUCCAGCAAGCAAAAAUGGUGUCAAAUAUGCACAUUAAUUGGCCCUAUGUUAAAAACCUUGAAUACAAUCUUUACAAAGCAAGGCAAGAAGAAUACUACUGGCGUCAAAAAUCACGCCAAACUUGGCUGCAGCAGGAAGACAAAAAUACCCGGUUCUUCCAUGCAACAACUUUACAGAGAAGACGUCGGAAUACCAUUUCAGGAAUAUUUGAUACAUCCAAUUACUGGCAUACAGAUCCACUGGAGAUAAAUAAUGUCAUCCUUAAUCAUUUCAAGCAACAAUUCACAUCUGCGCAACCUCACCAAAAUCCAGAGGUAUUCAAUCAACUCCCAAAUGCACUUUCAUUUCAAAUGAAUACUUCUUUAUGCCGGCCAAUAACUGAUGCGGAUAUUGAAAAUGCGAUUUUCACCAUAAACCCUAAUAAGGCACCUGAAUACCGCCCAAUUAGUCUAUGCUCAGUCUAUUACAAAAUAAUUUCUAAGAUUUUAACAGCUAGACUACAACAUAUUACACCACUUAUCAUAUCCCAACAACAGAAUGCUUUUACAAAGGGUAGGUCGAUAGCGAACAAUAUUUUGCUUGCCCAUGAAAUUAUUCAUUAUCUAAAAACAAAAAACCAAGGGAACUCCUACUACAUGGCUGUUAAACUUCAUUCUCAUACUCUAUUAGGAUUAAUGGAACAAGCCAUGGAUUCUUUUUUUCCGUCUCGUGGUAUUCGCCAGGGAGACCCAUUAUCUCCAUUACUAUAUAUUCUCUGUUCAGAAGGGUUGACUCACAUCAUCAGAUCUGCAGUGGCAUCUAAGAUGAUACUAUUAUAUUCUCUCAAGCAACCCUUCAAGAUAUUGCAGCUAUACAAUAAUUGCUUAACCAGUAUGGAAUAUUCUUCGAUCAAAAAAUCACACUUUUUCAGGUAUUAUCUCAACGAUAUCAGCGAAACUAGCUACUUGGAAGAGCCAUUUUCUAUCUUCCGCGGGCAAAGAAAUCUUAAUCAAAGCAGUCGCAUCAGCGAUUCCUAUAUAUGCAUUGAUGAGUUUCAGGCUGCCAAAAUCCCUCUGUCUUCGUAUCUAGCAGCUAAUUCGCUACUUCUGGUGGGGUCAACAACAAGAUGA